AUGGAGAAUGAAUUGUUUAAGGUGGUGAGGGAGAAAUAUGGAGCAAAAUUGGAUUCCAUUAUUAAGGAAAAGGUGAGUGUGGUAUGCGGCGAUAUCACUCGUGAUUGCUUGGGAUUAGAAACCUCCAUUUUGGAAGAGGUGUUUGGACAAGUGGAUAUUAUCAUCAAUUCAGCCGCAACUACAAAUUUUGAUGAAAGAUACGAUAUAGCGUUGGGAAUCAACACAGUUGGAGCGGCAAAUGUUUUGAGUUUUGCGAAAAAAUGCAGAAAAUUGAGGACGUUGCUUCAUGUUUCUACUGCAUAUGUGUGUGGAAAGAAUGAGGGACUUAUUCCAGAAACGCCAUUAAAAAUGGGUGAGGCAUUAAACAUGACUCCGGGAUUAAAUAUUGAGAUGGAAAAGAAAAUUGUCGACGAUAAUCUCCGAUCGCUACAUUCAGCACCAGAAAAUCAUAUUAAAUCAAUGAUGAGAGAAUUAGGUCUCCAAAGGGCAAGGAAAUAUGGGUGGCCAAAUACUUACACUUUCACAAAGGCAAUGGGAGAAAUGAUGUUGGAACAAUUCAAAGAAAAUAUACCUCUCAUAAUAAUCCGUCCUACCAUAGUAACUAGUACUUUCAAACAACCCUUUCCGGGUUGGACUGAAGGAGUCAGUUAUUUGGGGGGACGGAGAGGGUAUGUAGACAUGGUGGUGAAUGCUAUGAUGGUAUCAAUAGCCACACACGUGUACAAAACGACACCGAUGAUUUACCACGUCGGAUCUUCGGCAUCAAACCCGAUAUCAUAUCUUCGCAUUCGAGAUAUCAACACUCGUUUCUUCAUAGAAAAUCCAUGGAUGAGCCGAGAUGGAAAGCCUGUCAUUGUUACAAGGGGCACACAGUUGCCUACUAAGCUUGCUAUCCAAAUAUACAUCAACCUCAAUUACUUGAUUCCCAUUAAGAUUCUAGGUGUUGUAAAUGCAGCAAGUUUUGGAUAUUUUGAUAGAACCUAUAUUGAUCGUUCAAGAAAGGUCAAGUUCUUGAUGCGGAUGUUCGAUCUAUUUAGCCCUUAUAUGUUCUUCAGUAUAGUUUUCGACGACAUAAAUAUGGAAAAAUUGAAAAGCUCCGUAAACGAGAUGUGUGGUGAUAUCGAGAAUGAGAUUUUUAACUUUGAUCCGAAAAGUAUAAAUUGGGAUGAUUAUCUUAUGCAUACUCACAUUCCAGGCCUCGUCAAAUAUUCUUUCAAACGUUGAUUGAGUAAAUUAUGAUGCAUGUAUUAAAUUUAUUAAAUUGUGUGUAAUAUUAAAUUUUAAAUUAAAAUGAGUGCUAGACAUUUGUAAUUUUUCAUUUUACUAUGGGAGAUAUAAGUAGUUGUA